AAUGGCGGAUGGUGUAAACUACAUUAGUGUUGUUUAGCAGUUAAACUAUAAAUAUAUUAAGACAGAAGAAUGGAAACAGGCCUCAGUGAAGUUAUUGUUGGAUCCUGCUUAAGUAUGUGUCCUGCUGCAGAACGUAACGCCAGACAAAGACAGGGAAGACUACAUGUUUUUGAGAUGCCCUCAGAUCAAUAUCCAAAUCACCCCAUAAAAGAAUUCUGUAGAUCAGCAGCAGGAAAGCAAAUCCAUCAUUCUGAACUAAGGCCUGCUCAUGUUUUGUUAACUACAAUGGAAUAUCUAUUGAAUGAGAUAGUGGACAGGAAAGAUCAACCAUGGACUACUGUUUAUCACUAUGUAUUUGAUCGUAUAAGAGCAGUCAGACAGGAUAUGGUAAUCCAGAGAAUAGAAGAUGAAUCAGCCGUAGAGAUUCUUGAGAAAGCUGCACGUUUUCAUAUAUAUGCAGGAUUCCAUCUUUGUGAAACUUCGAUAGAGCAUUUUGAUCCACGUAUUAAUGAUAAUCACAUACAGGAAUGCUUAAAGAGGCUAUUGGUUCUAUACAAGGAUUUACAUCCUCACUCUCUAAACAGAGCUGAAUUUGAGGCAUAUUAUUUAUUGCAUAAUCUAGGUUCACAUGAAGCUAUGGAGCAUUCUCUCAGAUUACCACAACACAUCAAGUGCCAGCCCAACUUUAAGGCAGCAUGGAAUAUUAGUUUGAUGAAACUAGUUGGUAACUUUGUGAGGUUAUUUAGAUUGGUCAGAAGCUUGCCCUUCCUGGCUAGCUGUCUGGUCCAGAAACACUUUCCAUCCAUCUACAGUACAUCAAUAGCUGUUUUGAAUACUGCAUACAGUGACCCAAAAUGUCAAUUUCCAGUCAAGGACCUCUCUAGUAUACUUUUGUUUAAUAACGAACAAGAAGCACAAAUGUUUCUUGUCUGUUUUGGAAUUGAAGUUAGCAAUGGGUACAUAAAGUUUUCAAAGAAGUCUUACACUAUUCCAGAAAAACUUCCUGCAAGAGUUAAAUGUAGGAUUAAAGGUGAUAAAAUGACUGAUCCAGUGAAGAAAAUUCUGCAACAUGACUGCUCUCCUGUUCAAGUUAAUCAGAUGAACUAUUCUCCAAGUAAUGAUCAAGAAAGAGAAUCACAACAAAACGAGAAACAAAUAGAAGAAACAAAAAAAAAGCCAGGAUCGGGAAGAGGCAGAGGAAGAGGAUUGAAUGUCAACCCAAAGAAUAAACCAGUAGGUAGAGGAAGAAGUAGAGGAAGAAUUACAUGAAGUUUAGCUUAUGCUACAAAAUGGAAUAAAAUUAAUACUAUAAAUA